GCUGGGGUCGAGAUGCUGCGAGGGGCCGGCCGCGUCCCUAGUGGUUCUCCAGGAAAUAACAGCAUUUCGUGCAGCUUAGUCAUUUCCUGAGCUCCGCUGCAGCGAGGAGGGCGUCACCAUGAUAAAACGGGCAGCUGCUGCUGCGAUAGGAGGAGCCCUGGCCGUGGGGGCUGUGCCCGUGGUGCUGGGCGCCGUGGGCUUCACCGGGGCAGGAAUCGCAGCCUCCUCCUUAGCGGCCAAGAUGAUGUCAGCGGCCGCCAUGGCCAAUGGGGGCGGAGUUGCCGCUGGCAGCCUCGUGGCCACUCUCCAGUCCGUGGGGGCAGCUGGACUCUCCACAUCAUCCAACAUCCUCCUGGGCUCCGUUGGAUCAGCUUUUGGGGCUUUGCUUGGAGGUGCAAAAAAGGCACCUUCUUCCUCUCUCCAGCUGGACCCAGAGCUGAAGGGGACCAGCCAGGAGAAAAUGUACCCCAAGCCAGACCUCCAAAACUCCCACUCAGUUCAGAGAAGCAUGAGAAAUAAAGAGCAUCUGCAGAUGCACCGUCCUGUCUUUGUUCCUUGCAGCCCUGGGGGGUUGUGAGUUGUGAAUUGGAAG